CUGCCGCUCGUCGAGCAAGUCUGUUCAGAAAGUGAGAUGGAGAUGGAAGCGGGGACGCAAGAGAAAGUGCCACUGAGCCGGAGGGAAGAAUGGUCGGACGUGAUUCCAAUCCCACAAGACGACGGCCCAAACCCGGUUGUGCCGAUCGCGUACAAGGAAGAUUUCAGAGAAACAAUGGACUAUUUUCGCGCCAUUUAUCACGCCAAUGAGCGAUCCCUUCGCGCCCUCCACCUCACCGAAGAGGCCAUCUAUCUCAAUGCUGGAAACUACACUGUGUGGCAUUUCAGGCGUGUAGUACUUGAGGCACUUAAUGCAGAUCUGCAUGAUGAACUGGAUUUUGUUGAGCGAAUUGCCAAGAAUAAUUCCAAAAACUAUCAGUUAUGGCACCAUCGACGUUGGGCUGCCGAGAAAUUAGGAGCUGAUGCAGCGAGUAAAGAACUUGAAUUUACGAAGAAAAUACUUUCUCUUGAUGCUAAAAACUAUCUUGCAUGGUCACACAGACAGUGGGUUCUUCAGGCCUUGGGAGGAUGGGAAGAUGAACUUCACUAUUGUCAGCAGCUGCUCAAAGAAGAUGUUUGCAAUAAUUCUGCAUGGAAUCAGAGAUAUUUUGUUAUCACUAGAUCGCUCUUCCUGGGAGGUCUAGAAGCCAUGAGACAGUCUGAAGUACAUUAUACCAUUGAAGCCAUUUUAGCCAACCCUGAGAAUGAAAGCCCAUGGAGAUACCUUAGGGGCCUCUACAAAGGUAAUACAGAGUCGUGGAUCAAUGAUUCGCAAGUUUCUAAAGUUUGUUUGAAGGUUCUUCAGUCCAAAACCAAUUGUGUGUUUGCUCUGUGCACGCUUUUGGAUCUUCUCUGUCAUGGUUUCCAACCGAACAAAGAGUUUACAGAUGCUGUAGAUGCUUUAAGGAUUGAUUCAGAUCCAUUAGACUCCAGCUUGGUUGUUGCGGUUUGUUCUGUUUUGGAGCGGAAGGAUCCCCUGAGAGCCAGUUAUUGGCUGUGGCGGAAGAACAAGAUUAGUCAAGCUGUCUAAGGCCCUAUCAGAGGAUGGAAUGUUAUCCUACAAGACCACUGAAUUUUUCUGUGAGUUGUAUUUGCAAAUCUCCUUAAACUUUGAAUGUGGUUUCGGAGACUUCAAUCUCUGGAUGCAUGUACUGAACUGAGAAGGGGUUCUAAUGUAGUCACAAUCAAUAUCAACAUUGUUUAUAGUGCUGGCCGCGGGUUACGUCCUCUUCCUUGUUCAAAGGGAGUUUGAAUAUUGGUUAUGGCAGUCAGCCUUUACUUGAAGUUAUAGCAUUAAAAAAAAUAGACUUUCGCUUUCUCUGUAUCAGAACCUCAACAAGCGCGCUCUGGUUAUAAAAAGCUGUCUUUUUAACUGAUA